AUGAUGUCAACACAGAAUUCACCAGAGGCUGGAUCCUCUCCUCCAGUCAAACAUCUGCUUGAUGAAUCAGAAACAGUCGCCAUAAUAGGCACUGAGUAUGAAAGCUACCUUUACAAUGUGGUCUGUCUCAGUGAUGAAGACAUCUGGACAAGGGGAGAAGAAAUCACAAUGAAACUCUUCAGCAUAAAUCAGGGAUCACUACUCAAGUCAAUCACAACUAAAUCUGGAGAAAUCCCAAUAGAUAUAGCGGUGACAAAAAGUGGAGAUCUUGUUUAUACUGAUUACAAUGAUAGAACUGUGAACAUCGUGAAGAAUGAGAAGGUGGUGGAGUUGAUCAGACUACAGAUUAUGACAGAUACAUUACUGAGAACAAAAACCCCGAAUAUCUGUGUGUCUGAUCGUGGAGCUAGAGCAGUAGUGGUGGUCAAUAAGGCCGGGAAAUUGAGAUUCAUGUACACUGGACAUCUUCUGCUCCAAGGAACAAAUCAUUCUGUCCAGAAGGAAUCACCACCGACAGUCAGAGCCACAUCCUUGCAGCUGAUGAUAACAAUAACUGUGUCCACAUCAUAG